AUGAUGAUAACGAAUAAUUACAAUACCGACAAACUGCUAAAAGUGAAACAAAUACACCGACAUUACAAAAUGUCAACACCCAGAAAGCGCACGGAGAUCGGAACCCUUCAUUGCGCCGCUUUGAGGAGCGGUUAUUUCAGCAGUGAUGGCCUAUUCUUCCAAUUCGCCAAGUAUCCAUAUGGAGAUAUGAAGUCUCCCUUUGAGCGUGUGGUGUGGUACGUGAAAUCAUUGGUGCACGUCAGUGUAGGUUUCCGUUUUCAAGCUUCUGCCAUACAAGCUCUUCAAGAAGCUGUUGAGAUGUACAUGGUACAUCUGUUUGAAGACACGAACUUGGCAGCCAUUCAUGGAAAUCGGGUUACUAUUCAACCAAAGGAUCCCAUGGGUCUAUUUAGUAAAGAGAUGGGUUCAUUUAACAUCUCUUUGAUAUAUUGA